AUGAAGAUCCCAGCAGCCCUCCUCCCCCUCGCCGCCGCCCUCACUGGCGCGGUCGAUCUGGCGUCUUACCAGCCCGCCGCGGGCGUCGAGGCUGGCUUCAGCGGCUUCCUCAAAGAGUUCUACACCACCAUGGAGGAUCAGUCCGCGACCGACACCUUCACCGAUUUCUGGCCCUCCAACGGCCUCGGCGAGUUCAUCUACCAGGGCAGCCCGUUCCCCGGGCCCACCAACAUCCUCGGCAUCAAGCAGGCGCUGCUCCCACGAAUGGGGAACAAGCUCCUGUGGAACCUGAUCCGCGGCGCCUCCGUCGUCUCCGACGCGGCGGGCGAGAAGACGUACCUUGUCGAGAUUGUGAUCCAAACGUCACACCCCGCAGGAAACUGCUCGCAGGCAUACGGCGAUGCGAGGUUCACCAUGCUCAAGGACGAGGACGGCUUUCCGAGACUGACACCGCACUCCGGGAGCUUAAGUCAGUACAACCUGACGGUCUCGACAACGGACUCGCCCACGGAUAUUCCAUGCACUCUGACUUGA